CAUUUGUGUGAAUCGAAUAAACUAUCAGGAAGAUAAAUUUAUCAAAUGUGUUUAUUCAUCCGAGUUUAAAUUUAGAUAUGAGCUUCUAUAUAGAUUUGCCUCACAAUUUUAUUACAUGGGAUUUAAAGAAUGGAUAAUUCAUAUAAUAACUGUUUAACUCCAUUAUGGAUUGUGUUAAUACUGAGUUCAACAAAAUAUAGUAAAGCCGACAUAUGCUCAUUCGAAGCGGGCACAUGUGGGUGGAGGAAUGUCCUGGAAGAAGAUGACAUUGACUGGAGCUUUGGAGAUUGUAGUCAUUUUAUACACACGAACAUGAACGAAAAUGGAAUUGGAACAAGCGUCUCUCAACAACAAAAUACUACAGAUAAUUGUGCGUAUAUUGAAUCAUUUGGACCGCACUCGGCCGGACACAGAGCAAUGUUGAGACAAGCACUGAUGAUCAAGACACCUGUUGUUAUCUCAUUUCAAGCUUUUAUAAACACCGAUGCCGGAAAUUUUAGAGUGUUCCUGCAUACAUCAGAUAAGUAUCAUCUAUUCUGGAAAUCUAAUAAAAUGAAGAGAGACACGUGGGUAUAUCAGCAAAUUAAUGUUUUCGGAAUAGAAUCGCCAUUUUGGGUAACAUUUGAUGCCGAAAGAGCGUUCUCCCAAGAUGUCAACAACAAUAAAGUUGCAGUAGAUGAUAUUGCUGUUAAUCAUAUCAACUUUAUUCAAAAUAUACAACUUGUAGACGGUCCUACACCUAUGUCCGGGCGAGUCGAAGUGUUAAUAAAUAGUCGGUGGGGGACUGUUUGUGUGGACCCAGCCGAUAUUUUCUUUGCCGCGGUUGUUUGCAGAAUGUUAGGAUUUGUUACGAAUAAUGCACAGACACUGAAUUUGACUGUGUACCAGCGUGGCUUUGAGGCUCAGCCGAUAUGGUUAAUUGGUGUUACAUGUAAUGGGUCUGAAAGCAGGCUUGAAGAGUGUGGACGUUCGGAUGUUCUAAACGCCUGCACUCAUUCUGAGGAUGUUGGAGUUUCCUGCAAUAAUGAGACAGUCACAACGGCUACAACGGCAACAACGGCUUCUUUACGAGGAGAUAUACUUGGGAAUCAUACGAAUAACAAGACUUUGAUUAUUGUAUGCAGUUCGAUAGCUGCAGGAAUGUUCUCUAUCAGUCUCUGUUGCUGUGGAUUUUGUUGGUAUCGUUAUAAAAUAUGUUCGAAGGUCACGACAGGACAGCAAAUCAGUGAAACACAAUAUAACGUGGAAACCAAUGCAAACACUAUCAUCACUACAAAUCCCCUGCAGAGUGAUGGAACACAUCCAAAACCCGACGACCCACCUCCGCCUUAUUCGGAGAUAUGCUUCUUACCCUCCAACGAUGGAUACACAAUGCAAGUGCACUACCAACUCUUGUCUGAGCCUCCAUCCUAUGAUUAUGUGAUGGCUUCGCCUCGUAAUUACAACGUGCAUACAUAGAUGAUGAAUUCAAGUGGCCUUCGGAAUGGUUUGAAAUAUCGGAGAUAUCAAUAUUUUCCAUUACCUUUAUACUGGUAUGUUUGUACAUAAAACAGAACACUAGAAUUUGGAGUGUAGUUUUACUUUAAUAAUUCGUUCUUUAGUAAAUCGAUAGUAUUAAGUGUUAACAUGUUUGUAAUAUCAUCGUUAUAUUUCUGUUCAAUUUAUUAUUGAAAUUAUCUUAACUACUUUAGAGACAGUUGAUUAUUAUUCAAAUAAAAUGAUGAUUCUUCAUAAAGAACAAAGAUAGAAAAUGAUGAAUGACAUAUUUUGUAAACUUAAAUAAUAAGAAAUGUGAACGACACACAGUGUCUGGGGAUAGAAGUUGCGCAUUCUAUUAUGAUAUUGAAUACAUUCUGGAAGAGAGAUAUUUAGAAAGCACGCACAACAAAAAGGUAUGAAAACGAUAGCCUAGGUUUGACUGAGAUUAUUCUUAGAGAGAAAUGAUAAGUGCAACACUGUAGACGUUUCGUGAUAAUGUAUUCGUUUUCAAGAGAUGUUGAGGCGUAUUUCAGUAUCCCGAAAGACCAAAAAUUAAAUUAAUACAAACAUUUUUACAUAAUUAUAACUAGAGUCGAUUUUUUAGCAUUUGAGGGACGGUUUUUGAUCCUUAUAUAGAAUAAAAAACAGUAAAAUAAGAGCAAACAUAUUUUUUUUGUUAAUAAUGAAAAUAUCUUUAUUAAGUUG